AUGGCCCCUAGGCUACCUGCAACCCUCAAGCUAGCCGAACUCAAGAAUCUUGCCGUUGCCUGCGGCUUGCCGUCCGCCGGUACAAAGGAUGUCUUGGCCAGUCGCGUCGAGUCCGCCGCCUGGGGUCAUCAGCGUGACGCCAUACCGGUGAACAAGCAACGCAUUCUGUCUGUCGAUCUCGGCAUUCGCAACCUGGCCUUCUCUCUCCUCACUCCUGGUGCAGCAGCCCAACCUGGUCGAGGUGCCCGCAGUCCACCGCGGGUCGGGGUAGAGGUUUGGAAACGCGUGGCGCUGGCAAGCUCCGGACAGGAUGCACUGCCAGACGCGGACAAGGAUAUUUGGGGUCCGUCGAGCAUGGCGGACCUGACAGCCAGGCUUGUACAUGACGAGUUUCUCGCUCUCUCGCCUACCCACAUCUUGAUCGAGAGGCAGAGGUUUAGGAGUGGAGGCCGUGCUGCUGUGCAAGAAUGGACGCUGAGAGUAAACACGCUCGAGGCCAUGAUCUAUGCCACCUUGGGCACCCUUGGGAGGCUCCACCACUGGAGAGGGACCAUACACUCCAUCGCCCCGGCUCGCGUCGGUCCCUUCUGGCUUGAGGGCUUGGAAGACGACGCAGCUGAGACCAAGACGUCCAAAGCAACUUCCCCCAGAGCACGGAAGCUAGAAACAGUCAGUGAUGCUGAUGGUGUCGCUGACCCUAAAGUCAAAGAGUCCAAGUCUGCAAAGAGCGCCAAGGCGAGGAACAAGAAAGCUAAGAUUGACCUCGUUGGAAAGUGGCUGGUCGAAGACCGGAUCGAGACUACAGGUGAAGCUGAGACCACAGCCAAGUCAUAUCUCCACCGCUGGAAAGGCGGCCGAAGGAACAAAACAGUCGCUGCUGCGGAAGAUGUUGCCGAGCAUUUCAAUAAGCUCGAUGACCUUGCUGAUAGUCUCCUGCAAGGCUUGGCCUGGGUCAAGUGGCAAGAGAAUCAACAGUUAUUGGCACAGAAUGGGCCGGAUGAGUUGCUUGGCAAAUAG